CCAUUUGUAAUUUGGCUCUACAUCAUUUUUCCAGUUAAAUACUACAGCCUAAAUGAUGAAAGGUUCAUACAGUUGAACAUGGAUCAUGUAUUACAACCAGAGACCUCAGCAAAAACAGAAGAGACUCCUGAACCUGCUGAUUCAAGAGCUGACCACAUGGAGUUAGACACCGGUGAAGUCAGGACAUUUGAAGAAAACCCUGUCACUUCAGGACAAUCAUCACCAUUAACCACCAACACAGAGACUGAGAUGGAGAACCAGUGUGCGACACAUGCAAGACCAGAGAGAGCAAAAGAACCUUCAAGUGAUGCACAGGAAACCAUAGCAGGUACUCUACCUGGAUUAAAUGAUACUGAAAAGUUUGAUCGUCCAGAUGAUGUACCUCAGAAUCGAGAUGAUGAAUAUGUGCUGGUGCCUGAAUAUUUGCCAAGAGAAGACAACACUGAAACUCAACUGCGUACAGGAACAGACGAUCAACAAGAUCAUUACAGUGGAAUUGAACCUGAAACAAUUUGUGUGAGAUUUUAUGCUGUUCUGCGAAAUGGUGUCUGUUCUGACAAGGAAGUCUUGCAUCUUGUUACCUCCAAUGGACAGAAAUAUCCAUUGAAAUUUAAAAGGAAAGAUCAAGCUGGUUAUAUGUUCACGUGUGACCUCUCUGUGAGGAAAACAAUGGUUGAAGAAUUCUGUUAUACCUAUUGUAUUACUUCUACUGUGGAUAGAAGAGACUAUUUUGAAAAGCUUCAACAUGAGGACCGUUGCUAUACAUACAGAAAAUUGCUUGGAAAUAGCUCUAUGUCUCACAAGGUUUUCCACCAGUUUGAUGAUGUGUGCCUGCUCGGAGGAGCACAUACUUUUUUCGGAUUAUCAGUGGGAGGCAAAGCCACAGUGGUUAACAAAACCCGCAGCAAAUUCAUUCAAGUAGCAUUAACAGACUUAAUGCUGUGCACAAAUAAAGAUCUAUCAGACAUGCAAACCACAUCUGUAUUUUUAAUGAACUGUUUACAAAUAAGGCUUGUUUUCAUGAAUGGACAUUGUGCAACAAUACCAGCAUUAUUGCAUGAAGACCAAAAGAAAAUAACAAAAGCAUUUACCCGAGCAAUUGAUAGUCUGAAAAAUAACUCAACUGUUCAGUGUGUUCUUGCAGCUGCAUUUCUUGCAGAUUUUUUCAAAGUCAGUCUUGACAAACCUAGAACUGAAAAACUCUCUGAAAUAGUUCGACGAAAUGGUGAGCUACAAGGCUCUCUCGCAAGUCUAGAAGACUCAGCAAAAUGUGUAAUUGCCAAGGCUGUGCAGUAUGUCUUCGACCAAGCCUGCAGAAACAAGUCAAAAAAAGGAGCUGUAUGGAUGAUGUCACUCUUUUAUGCGGUGUUGCCAGCAGAUUAUGAUCAGAUGCUAAAAUAUGGACAAGAAUAUAUACCAUGGAUGUCAACACAAAGAGACCUUUGUGAAAUGAUCAAGACACACUCUAGCCAAUUAAAGAAAUGCAAAGGAUUUACUGCUUCGGUUUUAGAUGUGUUUGAUGUGGAACAUGACGAGAUGAAGCUUUUAUCUACCCUGAGCAUGACCCCACACGAAUUCUUGCUACAACUGUUAAAAUGGCAGUCACGUCACAGUUUUCGUAAACUGCAUAGAGUUGUGAAAACUAUUGCUGAGCAGAUCAAGGAGUGGCUAAAAGAAAGCAGCGAAGAAAGGUCAGAACUGUCAAAAAAUGAUGUGCACUGCUGUCUGGUGACAACGAUGGACGUCGUUAAAAAGUCUCUAUCGGAUGCUGGUCGGAUAACGCACUAUGAGAAUGUUCUCUCAGUAUUAUGGCUUUUGAAUGCCUUCACUGUCUACUUUGUCUAUCAUCCAGAUGAUGAGAUUUUAGAGACUCUUGACAUUUCAAAAUUAAUGCAAGAAAUGUCAUUCUGCAUCAGAAGGCAGAAACAAGGCGGGGCAUUGACCAUGAAAGACUGGAAUACAUUAUUUGAACUUCCACUGCCAGAUUUUUGGCAAAGACAGUGGGAGAAAGACUUAAAGGCACUCUUCAUAGAAAACCUGCAAAAGAAAAGUGACAUGGAACAAGUGAGAAUCUACUGUGAUAGGUCUGCUGUUUGUCCAGCAAUGGAGGAUUGUCUGUCAAGUUGUGCAGAAAAUGCAGUUAAAAGAUUGAUAUUGCAUGAUUUCAAGUUUAAUCUCUUAAAGAAGAUCUCAGAGACUGAAAGACAUAAAUAUGGAAAUUUGAUGUCAGUCAUUAUUGAAAACAAACUGAGCAACAUAAAUUGGAGCUCUGAAGAUUACUUUUAUCUACUUUAUGAUAAAGAACUGAAAUGUGUUUUCUCGAUUCUGGAUGAACACCAGCAAAAGCACAAAGACCACAUGGCAAACCUUUCAACACAAGCACAGAGCCUGAUUGACAGAACUUACACACUGAUGGAGCAGUUGCUUGAGGAAAUUAUGAACAAAUCAAUACCAUGCAAACUAAUUAAAACCAUCAUUAAUGAGCAAGAAAAUGUCAAUAGGUUCCUACUAGGAAACAACAGCAAAAGAUUCCAAAAUGGAUUAGAACAGGCAAACAAGGAGAUCAGAUCCUUUGAAGAAAGGAAAAGCCAAAUAAAAGCACUCUAUGAUCUCAGCCAGGGCAUGCAAGUUGAUGUAGAACUGCUUGAGUCUACUUCUUCAAUAGACCUUGUCAAUGAAAAACGUUCUCUGAAAGCUAUAAUGGAAAUGUUGCUCAAGGAAGAACCUGAAUCAGAAGGUGGAAAUUAUACAUACUUAAUUGAUAUUCAGAUGUUUGAAAAGAUUGAGGUCUUGUAUAAAAGUACAUAUUUCAAAGAAACAUGGAAGGAAACAGUAAAACAAGCCAAGGAUACUGACUUUAAAAAUGUUGAAUUAAUUCCACUGGAUCAAGUCCAUGGUAAAAUUUUCAAACCGACAUUAGAAAAAGUUAGAAAAUCAUACGAGGAGCUUAAGGAUCUCUCAAUGAAACUGCAAGACUUCGAGAAUAAACUGGGCAAGUUUAAGCAUUGUGUGCACAAGGAACUGCAGAUAAUGGCUGAAGUUUUUAGUGAAGAUGCCAAUACAACCUGGAUUAAUAACACAGAAGAACGCAUUAACCGUUAUAGAGAGCUUCAGUUUGCAGAAGAAAAUGCAAAAGUGAUCAAUGAUUUAAAAGGUCAUCUUCAGCUUGGAGACUUUGGUGUGAUUGAACAUCUUGGGGAUAUUGGCAACAAGUGCUUGCAUGAUCUCACUCACGACUUUUACAAAGUUGGGAACAAAGUGAAGGAUAUCCCAAAGGAUGCAAUUGGUUUUGUGAAAGAACUUAAUGAAUGUUUCAAAAGAGGAUUCAUCUCCUGGAUUAAAGAGAUUAUAAAAGACACUGGAGAGCUAAGUGCAUUUGUGGAGCUUGCGUCCAUUUCUGCUGGAGAAAAUGCCAUGGAUAUUGGCAAAGUGUGCUGCUUCAGAGAUGCCAUAUCUGCUGCUGCACCAAUAAUAUUUCAGCUCUCUGAAAAAUCUGGAGUUGAAGACCUUCUGCAAGCCAUCUCCAAGCUCACCUCUGCUAUAGAAAGUGACAGAAACCUUGAAGUUAAACUGAGGGAUUCCUGCAACAAUAGGGAGUGGCUGAAAAUAGCCUAUGAAACACAUGGAUCUGUGGAGAGGUCAUCCUUGCGGCAGGCCACAGAUAUAAAUCAGAGUGGCAUUUACAUUAUUAAAAACACAUCUGCACCUGGAUCAAAGAUUACUCUGGAAAACUGCAUCACUUUAAGGUGCAAAGAAAGCUCAGUAGAUGGAAAUGAUGAUAAAUACAGGGAAUACAGCUUGUCUGAGCUUAAAGACUUGCAAAACAAACUCAUGCUGAUUACUGCCAGUGCUGAAAACCGUGAGGAUGAAAUCACGAUUUACACCGAGGUUUUAGAGCAUGUAAUCAAUGUGGGGGAAUCAUACCUUGAGCUCCGUGAUGCUGGACAUAUUCUGUUUCAAGACUGGGAGAUGAGAGCAUACUGUCAACAUACACAGGAUGCAAAGAUCUGGGUGAAAUUUGAUAUCACAAAUGUGGACAUUAGGGGACACAGACCUCUGCUUGAUGAGCUGAAAGGCCUGUGUGAAAGCAUGAGAGGUUGUCUCACUGAAUGGCUAAAGUACAUAGAGCAGAAGAGGAACAUGUACUACAACUUGAAUCAUUUCACAGCGAAACAGUUGGUUUAUCUCUGCUGUUCUGUGGCAGCUUUCAAGAAGGAUAAGAAAAGUAGUACUGGCCUCCUUAACAUGUUGUCCAUCAUGAAAGAAGACAUUAAAGAUAGUGAUGUAGAACAUGCAUUCACCAAAGCACUCCAAACCCCAGCUGAGACUGGUGGGUCACAAACUUCACUUGAUCUGAGGAAAUUCCUAAACGAUUUUCCAGACAUGAUAAAAUAUUUUCUUGAUAGUGGAUUUAGUGAGGAACAGAUCAAAGCUGCAAUCAUAUUUUGCGAAGAAAACAAUCAAGCACCAGAAGGGUAUGGAGAAUCUGAGGUCACUGAUGAGUAUCGAGAUAUUGUGAUGGAAUGUAUUGAUAAAAAUCAAAAUGAUGAGGAAUGGGUCCAAGAAUGGUGUGACAAAUAUGAGAAAAUGAGGGACAGUGUCCUUAAAAAUCAAGUGAAAUUCAAAGGGGGGCAUGGAACUGAUGAAAUCUCUUUUACAAUGACAGAGGACCAGAUUGCAGCAGCGUUUGAAAACCUACAGACUUCUGAUGAGAAGAUUGUAAUGCUUUGGAAGACAUACCACAGCAAACUGUCAGGACUUGUGUCAGAUAAAUUUGUGGACUUAGAUGUGCUGGGGGAAACACUGAACCAUCUUGCAAAAUCUGCAACAUUUACUGUUAAAAGAAAACUGGCAUUUAGUUUGGAAGAGGAUAAACCCAAUCUGAUUACCUGUAAAGGUGUUGAAAUACUUCCACUUUUCCUAUCACUGUAUAGUGAUAAUGACCAGCCUUUGCCAAGUAUUGAUGAAGUUCUGGUCUGCACCCCUGACACCACUGCAGAAGAGGUGGAGCUGAUCAUUAGAAGAGCUGUGCAACCUGGCAGUACCCAUGAGAAGAUCUACUCCUUACUGAAUGCUGACAAACUCAACCAUGAUGUAUCUAGAAAAUUUGAAUCAAUUUUCUACAAGCUGUCCAAAAGUCUAGGAGACACUUGUCCAAACAAUUACCAUUUAAUAAUUUUCUGUGACUCAAAGGCACAUCAUAGUUAUGUUGCAACUGCUUUUGAUGUAUACAAAAAGACAGUUACUGAGAGACCUAAUCGGAAUGAGGAAAUUAAACAGUACCUUAGAUAUAAGCAUCAAACAUCAUCUGAAGCUAAGACUGGAUUCUCAAAAUUACACAGUAAUGAGCAAUUUCAGCUGAGGACAAAACUGAUUUUAUCAGAACAUGCCGGAAUGGGGAAGUCUCUGUAUGUGAAAAAUCUUGUCAGUGUGUCUGAAGAAAAUCUCAAAAGUGAGGGAUUUACACACAAAACCAUACGGAUAAGUGAGUCACAGAUGCGGACUGAAGACAUUGCCACCCAGCUACAGCAGUAUGAGGACAAACCCCUGGAUAAAGUCCCAAGAGUCUUCCACUUUGACAUUCCUCCUGUGGUGUCCAAAGGUCUGUACAGGUUCCUUAUCCAGCUGUUUGUGUUGAGACGUAUCCAGUGCCCAGAUGGUCGUAUCUGGAGGUGCAAUGACUCCCACAUCUACCUGGUGGAAUACACAAAAAGAAAGAACAGGGAAUGUGAUCGACACAACUCUGAGAUUUCAUCUCAAAUGGAAGACAUAUUUCUGGAAAUGUUCCCAAGUGUUAAAUGUCUGUCACCUGAAGAAACAGUGACACAUCCAGAACAGGAUGGCUCUUGUGACAAAGAUUAUCAACUGAUGCAUAAUUCAGAAUUUUGUAGUGAAGCCUUUCAACGCACAUAUCAAUACUUUAAGAGAUACAAAAUGAACAGUCUUGAGAAUUUUUUCUUCAUACCUGGAUCUGUUGAAGAUUCACCAAAAGAAUGGUUAGAGUGUCUUUUACACUUCUGUGACAUCAAAAAUCCCUCUUGGGGAGAAUUGAGGAACUUUACACACUUCCUAAACAGCCAGCUGAAGAAAUGUGAACAGUCUAUAUUCUGUAGUGAGGCUGUGAGAGACUGUCUGACUGGCUUCAAAACAUUUGUAGUAAAAUUCAUGAUCACAAUGUCCAAGGAUUUUUCUAUGCGUUCACUGACAACAUCUGAUGACAGUGAUGAGAAAGAGUCAAAUGCAGUAGGAGAAGACACUGUUCUCAAAGAAUUUCAGCUCCGAAGACGCUGGGAACAACAGGCUCAUCCUUACAUCCUGUUCAAUGCUGAUAAUGAGUCCAUGUCAUUUUUAGGAUUCCACAUUCACAAACUAGACGCUGUUGAUGCUCAAACUAAGGUUGUCGUGGAAAAGAACAUAAUUGAUAAGAGACUGUUUAAUCAGUUAAAGACACAACGUGUGCCAUUUAACAUUGAUUUUGAGACAAUGAAACGUAGUGCGCAGCUUGAAAUUAUAAGCCGAGUCCUUGGAGUCAACAGUGUGACAGACCCAGAUGACACAUAUCAACUGACAUUAGAUAAUGUGAUGAAAAUCCUUGCUAUUCACCUCAGAUUUGAGUGUGACAUUCCUGUCAUUAUUAUGGGUGAAACGGGAUGUGGAAAGACCCGACUGGUACAAUUUAUGUGUGAUCUACUCAGAUCUGGGAAGAAGAGACAAAACCUGAUUGUGGUGCGGGUGCAUGGAGGCACAACUUCAGAAAUUAUUUACAAGAAAGUGAGAGAGGCAAUUAAGAUUUCCAAAGAGAAUGAAGUUCAUAAAUUGGACACCGUGCUGUUUUUUGAUGAAGCCAACACAACAGAGGCUGUGAAUGCAAUAAAGGAAGUGAUCUGUGACAAGACUGUGAAUGGAGAACAAAUUGAUGCAUCUCGCCUUAAGGUCAUUGCAGCAUGCAACCCCUAUAGGAAGCACUCCAAAGAAGCCAUAGAGCAACUGGAGCAGGCUGGAUUAGGGUACAGGGUUCGAUGUGAGAAUACACAGGAGAAACUUGGUCAGAUACCCAUGAGGCAGUUGGUCUACAGAGUUCAGCCACUGCCAUCAAGCCUGACACCCUUUGUGUGGGACUUUGGAAAGUUAAAUGAGCACACACAGGAACUCUACAUCACACAGAUGGUCAAGACUUUCUUUCAAAAAGAAAACCUUCCACAUGAAUACAAACCUUUGUUCACAAAGGUAAUCUCUGCCUCUCAGAAACAUAUGACAGAAUUAACUGAUGAAUGCAGGAUGGUCAGUCUUAGAGACAUAGAACGCUGCAUGAAAACUGUUAUGUGGUUCUACAAUCAAAAAGAGAAAUUGUUUACUGAAAUCGAUAAAAUUAGAGGAAAUAAAGGAAGGAUGCAUGAUCUAGUGAGGUCUCUCAUUCUUGCAGUGGGAGUCUGCUACUUGGCAUCAUUACAGAAUCGACAGGCAUACCUGGUUAGAAUUUCAGAAGCUUUCUCUCUGUCUGACAGUGAUAUCGACACAGAGAUUGAUCUUUGCAAAAAAGCUUUCAUUUCUAAUGUUGACUGUCCUUCAUCAGUGGCAAAGAAUGAAGCACUAAAUGAAAAUGUGUUCAUGAUGGUUGUAUGCAUAAACUUAAGAAUCCCUUUGUUUCUUGUUGGAAAACCUGGAAGUUCGAAAUCUUUGUCCAAGACAAUUGCUGCUCAUGCAAUGCAGGGUAAGGCCUCGCAAAAUGACCUUUUCAAAGGUUACAAGCAGGCACAGCUGGCCUCUUUUCAGUGUAGUCCACACUCAUCUCCUGAUGGCAUCAUCUCAAUCUUCAGGCAGUGUGCCCAGUUCCAGAAAGCAAAAAAUUUGGAUGAAUAUGUUUCUGUUGUGGUUCUUGAUGAAAUUGGAUUAGCCGAAGACUCACCAAAAAUGCCACUGAAAACAUUGCACCCUCUUCUGGAAUAUGGGUGUACUGAUGAUGAAAAUGCUGAUGAUUUCAAAAAAGUUGGAUUUAUUGGAAUUUCCAAUUGGUCAUUAGAUCCAGCAAAGAUGAACCGUGGGAUUUUGGUUCUAAGAACAUCUCCUGAGACAGGCGAGCUACGAAACACAGCUUGUGACAUUUGUUCAAGUGAUAAUGAGCACAUUAAGACUGAGAUCGAGUUUUUGAUUCCCAUGCUUACUAAGUUUUACCUCAAUGUACUUCAUAAUCAGCCCACUGAAUUCUUUGGACUCAGGGACUUCUACAGUCUUGUGAAGCUGAUUGUGUCCUAUGCUACAGAAACAAAUGGAAGACCAUCAGAUGAGAAUCUAACAAAGGCUGUGCAAAGGAAUUUUGAAGGUUUGGAUUCUAUCAACAUUUUGGAAAUAUUCUGGGAUGUUUCCAAACAAAGAACAAAUCAAUGUGACACAAUUUCACUGCUGAGAGAAAACCUUGACAUGGGAACCUCUGGAUUUACAUCCAGGUACCUGUUAUUGCCGACAACCAAUCACGCUGCUCUUCAAAUUUUGAAAUCACAAAACAUAAUUGAUGAGAGCAAUGUGGAAGUUAUCUUUGGAUCAGGAUUUGCACAUGAUGAAGAGUACUCGCAGGUUUGUCGCACAGUAAACAGAGUCAAGACCUGCAUGGAGACAGGAAGGUCAGUUGUCCUGCUGAAUAUUCAGAGCCUUUAUGAAAGUCUCUAUGAUGCUCUGAAUCAAUGCUAUGUCAAGUUAGGGGGGAUUUACUAUGUAGACCUGGGACUUGGCUCUCAUCGUGUCAAGUGCCGAGUCAAGGAUGAAUUUCGACUAAUCGUCAUUGAGGAGAAAAGCACAGUGUAUGAGCAGUUCCCUACACCACUACUGAACCGGCUAGAAAAACACUGCUUGGACUUCAGCAGUAUCCUCCCAGAUCAUGCUAAACAGAUGCUGGCUGAACUGGAAGACUGGCUAGAUUCAUUUUCGACAAAUUAUUCAGGUGAAACUUACCAGCUCAAAGAAAAGUCAUGCUGCUCUAGUAGAAAAUAUGAUGUCAUAGUUGGAUACACAGAAGAUACAUGUGCAUCAGUACUUCUACAGUGCUGUCCACAAAUAGUGACUCAAGAACUGGAUCGUGAUGAAAGAGAGGUAGUUCUUGAAAAGGCCAAGGAAAUGCUUAUCCAGUGUGCAACGCCAGAUUCUGUUUUAAGAACACCAAAAUACCUGGAGAACAACUCGGAAAAGUUGCUAGAAAUGUAUUUUACAAAGCAGACACACAGCAACCUGAUAGCUGUGCUAAAAAAAUACAGAAAGACCAUCCCUGGAGGAAUCUGUCUUGAGGUAUCCACAUAUUCCCGACUUCUCAACAAAAGAGAUGUGGAGCAAAUCAAUAAAGAACUGAACAUUGAAGAGAACCUUUCAUGUCUGUUCCUACUUAAUGAGUUUUACACAGAACAGUCAUUUUCCCAAACAGUAAGUCAAUUUCUCAGUGAUGGAAAGGCACGGAAACUACUAUUACUGCAGUCUUAUUUUGAUGAACCAAAACAAAGCCAGCGGCUUCUCUUCUGUGUGAGACACUAUAUUACGCAACUCAGAAGGUCAAUCCAUGAAGGGACUGCCUUUGAUGUGGUUCUUCUUACACGAUUGCCACGGAUUUCAGGAGGAUGUGGAUACAUUGCUUCAUUUGGAGAUGACUGGACUUCAAUACACUUGGAUGAACUUAUCUUAACUCCAGGAUUCCUAUGUGAUAUAUAUGAGCUUCAGAAAAAGACUGUCUCCAAGAUUCUAAAGACAAGUUCCUCCUAUUGUAAAGAGAAUCAAGACACAGAGAGUGGCCACACAACAAACCCUGAAGAACAGGACAUGUUGGUUGAUCCACUGCUCCUGGUGAAGAAGUCUUUGCAGAAGGGCAUUAUGCAGCUUCAGGACAAAUUAGACAACUCUCAGAGAGCAACAGAACGUAUAGAAAUACUCCAUGGCCUGCUGCACAACAAAUAUCCUGCAGUGUCUGAGCCCUUCAUACAAUCACUGGAGAAGAGAAUUGUCAAUCAUCUUUCAAGGCAAGAAAAAAUGGAGAAAAAAGAGAAUUGGGUAAUUGCUCAGGCUUGGUCAGAUCAGUUUGUUGCUGAAGGUGGCUCAUUCAGACACGUGCUCUGGGUGCAUCUGGAAGACACUGUAGCAUCAACCCUUGCCCAGAUCAUGGCAGUCAUUGAUGGAGACAACAACUUGGAUAACCUCAUUGAUGAUCAGUUUCCCGAAAAGUCAAAAUUGUGGCUGAAAAUAUUCCAAGGGGAUCAGUGGGAUCUGCUGAAAAUCCCAGUUACUGACUCUCAAGGCAAGGUGUCUGUCCUGUCUACCAGUGGACAUAAAUCAAGGACGUGCCUUUUCCCUUUUAGCUGGCUGCUAAAAGACAUAUUUGAGCAGAUGUGGUUAAACAUGAUGAACGUGGAAGGUCUAGCCCGUGCGCCAAACAAGGAGUACAUAGAGAAAUUUGAAGAACUUAUACCCCUGCCUUGGAUUAAAAACAUCAAAAAAGACCAAGACCUAUUUGCGAUGUUUUCUGAAGAUCUUGUGAACAUCUCAAUGCCAGCAUACCCAUCUGAGCUUAAUAAGUCUUUUUCAGACACACUCCUCAGACUCACCCCACGUUUCUAUCACGAUUUAACUGGAAAUGACCCUGAGAAUGUCUCUCUACCAUGGCUGUAUGUUGCUAAUGAAUAUCUGCAUAACAACCAUCAGCUUUUCUACAAUUUCUACCUCCAAAAUAAAGACUUGCUAACUGCAGGGGAAGCAACUGAGGCACUCCGACAGACACUACAAUGCCUUCAACCAAAAGAAAAUCUAUUGAAAGACUUUGCUAGUUGCCAAGACUGGCUGACAAGAGUGAAGUCAUUGUCUAUGACUGUUGACCUGAUCCUUUCUGAGGAUUCUUUGGUGACAAGACAUGGUGAAAAUACUGCAGAACUAAUUGCAGAUAUCAGACUCUUCUGGAGAAGCACUUGGAUUAUCUACCUUCUCAUGGAUCAUCUCCUACAGAAUGAGUCAGAAAUGGAAAAAAAACUACUCACCAUUCUUGUUAGAUACCUAAUAUUUGCUUGGAAGAAACUGAACACAGAGGAAGGAAAACAGAUGGAAUACGUGAUUGAACAGGUCACAGGAACACUAAAGAAAUGCAACAAUAAUGCAUGUAAUGUGUUCAGGGUCCUGUGUGGGUACUGUCGUAAGGAAUUCACAGAGGAUGACACAGCUGAACUGCAGUGUGGACAUAUGUUCCAUAUGUCUUGUUUAAAGGACCACAGUGACACACAAUGCAUAAAAUGCAAGAAGGAGAUAAACCAAGAUUACAAACCAUGCGGACCUGUUGAUAUACAAACAUUCCUUAAAGUGAACAGAUUUAGAAGAAAAUGCAACUCUUUUUUUGUGGAAUUUAUGUGGAACUUUGUCAGCAGCAAAGAACAACUAACUGACAAAGUAGUGAACAAACUCAUGGACUAUGUGAGAUGUAGUCCAUCUACUGAAGAACCUGAGCAGUCCUCUCUGCAGAAGUAUAUGAAUCCUGACCCUGUUGUCCAGUCCCUGGUGCUCAAGAUUCUACUGAGAUGCGGAAUGGACGAAACGGCACCCCAGCUGCAGAGGUUCAUUGAAGAGGCUGUGAAGUCUAAUCAGAGAAACACAGAUGAGCUCUACUUCAUGGUGGUGCGCAGCAUCGAGGAUCACAUUCAUUCUUCAAGUCAAGGGUGUCUCAUCAAGAGGGCAAUUGUAUGUCUUGACAAUGCCGUGUUCAUAACGUCUGAUCAAACAACGAUUUCUGAGGACCUACACACAAUUGCAACAUUACGAUUUGCCAUCUCUGUGGCCUCUGACAUCAUCAGAAGUGUACUAUCUAAAGAGUGUGCUGCUGAUUCUGAGGAGAGGGAACAGCUUCUGAAAAGUCUGAAACAGCUCAUUUCAAACACAAAGAAUCCAUUAAUACAGAUAUUCCUGUUAUGGAAUUUAUACAUAGUACAUGGAGUCAGCAUAAUCCAUGAUCUUGGACAGAGUCAUACAUUUCAGUGGACAAUACCACAUGGAAUCUUCCAAGAACAGGACAUGCAUACUGGGCCAGUGGAUCAGUUCCUUAUGUAUGGAGACGUGUAUGAGAGGAUCACCAUUGACUCAGUCAAAGCAUUGGAAGAGCCAACAUAUGAAAUUGCAGAGGAGUUUGAUGGGAGGUCUCCACAUUUCCCUGUGUGUAUGGCAUUAGCUGCAGUGAGACAGGGCACACACAACAGAUCCACACAAGAAAAUGAAGGGUGUCUGAUUGCAAAGAUGAAGUCAAGAACAGAUGCCACCUGGGGAGAGCUUGUUAAAAUCUGUGAAAAAAUGCUUGAUCAUUUGGGGAAAGUAAACCCAAUUCUGUCAAACACUGAUGCUCUGUCUCAGAUUGUUCUACACACUGCACUGGUAGCACAGCUGUCUACAGCAUCGGAGAUGGAGCUACUCAGGACAUUGUGCUUCAGUCCUGGAAAAUGCAAGGAUAUCUUUGUUCCAACAAUGCCGAGUUCAGUAAACAUAAUAAAAGUCUGGACAAAGCAAAUGAUAGAAACGGGCAUGAUCUUAAAAAUAUGGAUGUGCAUGUGUGGUGAACCUGUUUUAAUUGGUGAAUGUGGGAGACCAGUGGAGAAAGCACAGUGUUCUAACUGUAAGAGAGAGAUUGGUGGAAAGUCACACAUACCAGUGAAAGAUUUUACUCAUUUUGUAAAUGGAGAGGGCAGUGGAAGAGGUCAUAAUCUUGGUGACCCUGCCAUUCGGAAGGAACAGGACGGAGAGAGGAAUCUCUACGGAGCAAAUCUCUUCCUGGUCCGUGCAAUGAUACACUCAGCCAUGCUCUGGGGCACAGUGGAACAUGCUGAGGAUGUUCAAAGUAUCAUUCAGACUCCACAUGAGGAUAUCAGCAGGCAUCUCUGUGACCAUCUGCUAAAGGACAUUGAAAUGCUUGCCAGAGCCUUAGGAAAGAGUACCGAAGACGCUGAAAUGACAGUACACUUGUUUUUGAAGUUCAUCUUGGAGAGUAACUCUGAACCAAACAGCACAAUUCACCUAACAGAUACCGAGGAAAAAAGGAAGGACUGGGAGAAUGCCGUUCACAAAAAACUUCAGACGUUCCUUCAGGAUUUUGAGGCGGAGUUCUCAAGCAUGAAGAGUAACAUUCUUAGAAAGGGUGGUGCGGAAGCUUUGGCACAGAUAAUGUACAGUAAAGAACCUCAUCUGAAGGACAUAUCAACCACUGGAGUGUUUAAUGUGCCACUAAUGUGGAGGUUCGAGCACAGGAUGACCAUUCAGCGCCUCAUUCACUUGAUUGAGCAGAAGGAUGAAAGGAAAAAUGUUCCUGUUCUCUCUGAACUCCUAAAAAAUCACAUCCAUAUCCAGUAUAUCAGAUAUCUGCCUCAAGUGCUGAGCUUUCAACAGAAAUUGAUUUGUCACUUUGAAAAUUUGAAUCCACAUUGUUACACUGAUGUACAUAUUUCCACAUUUAUGAAGGAGAAUGUGGCAGAUGAUGCAGCACAAAACUUCAUUGAAAACACUGAAAUUGUUCAGAAGAUAUGGUCACAUUUAUGCUCAAUUAAUUACCCUCAGAUCCCAAAGGAGCUGAAGCAGAAAGAUGCAAAUGACUUAAAGAUCCUGGACUUCCUGCCAACAAAGCACUCUGUAGCUCGAGUGGUAACAGAGUUUCUCAUAAAAAUUCAGAAUCACCUCAUAAUUCUUGCCAACCCAAAAGAAGACAGGAUCAUCAAUGCUAAUGAAGUCAAGUCAUCCCACGUAAUUGCGUGUAUUCCUGAGCAAGACUUCCUGACUGUAGCGAUUUCAAAUAUCGACCAUGUCAUAUAUAUGGAUAAGAAAGAAAGCACCAACUACAAUUUCAAAACUGUGGAGAGACAGCUAGUGGAUCGGUUCUUCACGGAGAAACCUCUAAUCAGACUCACAACAAUCCCAUUGUUUGAAUACAAUACUGGAACAACACUUCGUGCCUUCUUCAUUACUGUGAAAGACAAGCUGGAGCCUUUAAAUACCAAUGACAGGAACUGCAUCAUGAAUGACUUCAGAUUUUUGAAUGAGAUUUCUGCAGCCCUUUCUACUCUGAAGAUUGCCAUUGGAUUUAUGAAGCUAUCGUUUCCUCAACCAGAACAGUACCUCAUGGCAUACUUGAAAAAAGAUCUGAAACUGGAGGACAGAGUGCAAACUUUGAGCUUACCUGUACUGAGAACAAGCAGAGUAAAACAUAUUCAGUCUCUUUGGGAAGUUUUAUCUUUGAGACAGGCCUCUUUACUCAUUGAGAUGAAUCAGAAUCCAUUUUUCAUGAUUGAAGAUCAACACUUUCAUGAGGUGUUCACAGAAGAUCAGAAGACUGAAAAGAAGAACAUUCUGGCAAAUGUCCCCAACAUGGAUGUCCUGAUCACAGAGCUCCACUACGUGAUCAAGAACAUCAAGGUCAAGGAUGUCGGCCCAAAGUGGACAAUCCAUGAAACAUUUGAAGCCUUCAUAUACCAUUGUGAAAUUGAAGAGAAGGCCAUCAUUUGUCUGCAGCAUCUUCAGGAGGUGGAGAUGAGACAUGCCAUUGCACUAUGGAAACUGGCAGUGCAGAUCAAGAAGGGCAUCAAAGCCACUGAACCCUAGUGAAUCUGGACAACAUGAAUGUCCAAGAUAGUCUUCAUGUUACUGAAAUUACAACCGGUGUAGUUGCACUGGCAUGUUCAAAUGCUAUAUCAGCAUUGAUUGAAAGAAGAAUAAUGAUCAUUAAGUCUCAAACAUUGCCUUGCUUGAAACGUAUUAAACUUUGCAAAUGCACCACUAUUUAAUCCUAAAUAUAAGACCUUAAAUCGGUAAAUGUUAGCUUUUGUUUUGAAGUAUGUCUUGGUAUCUUAGCAUUUAAAACUUAAAACUUUCUUUGCUAUCUAUAGUUACUCUUUUGUACUAAAAAUUGUAAUAGAAAGUAGUCAUGCAUCCUAAAACCAAAGUUUUCCAAGGUACAUUUCUAUAAGAAUUUACCUUAAUUUCAUGAGAAAAAUGUUUUAGUGUCUUCUGCAUGAGGCCUUCAAAGGAUUUGGAUAAAUUUGGCUAAAAUUGUAUAGCUUGGAGUAAUAAAGCAGCUAAACUCUACAAUAAACAAUUGAACAUGCAUCCAAAAUAUAUGAACAUGAAAUUAUUUACAAUCAUAUCCUUUCCAUUAUGAAAAAAAAAUCCUUCUUUUUUUGUCACUAAAAAUUCUAACUUUCUCUGUGUUAGUUGGGUUUAUUCAUUCAUGCUUUAUUCAUUUAUUCUUUGAUUUCUGUAGGCACUAAUUUGUGAUUUAAUAUGUUAUGAAAGUGCAUGAUUGUGCUUCUGUUAUUGCUCAGCAAACAUUCAUCUAAUUAAAUUCAGCUAGACUUGCUUAAUUCUUUCCACCUAAUCAUUAAUAAAAGGCAGGUGUAGGAA